AUGUUUCUUUCACUCAGAGCUCAAUCGCGAGGGAGGCCAGGCAGCAUGCAGAGCGUGGACGAGCUCCGGGAGAACUUGAACACUUACAGGGAGCAGCUAGAGCAGGUCUCAGAGUUGCUUAUAGAGGAUCCUGACAAUGACGAGUACAAGGAGAUGGCCAGUGGGCUCAAGGAGGUCAUUGAGCUCACAGAGGACCUGUUGAGUGCAGCGGAGCAGCAGACUCAGGAGGAGCUGCAACCAGAUGCAGCAACAGGGGGUACGGCUGCUACGGUUGCCACUCCGUUUGUCCCCAUGGCGUUUGUGCCCGCCACUUCUGCUGCUGUGAGUACCACUGAUCCAGCAGCUUUAGCAGCAGCCGCCGCAGCAGCAGCAACGUCGUCUCGGAUUGCAGUGGGCACAUCAGUACAGGCAGCGUGGGGGGUGACUGCCAGCACCCAGGCUGGCGGCAUUCGCAGCUCCGAGUGGCUUGAGGGCGUGGUGGACAGUGUGACUACAGGGGGCUAUGUGGUGCGCGAUGCAGGCGGGCAGAUGCACGAGGUGCGGGAAACAAGAGUACGGCGGGUGGAGGAGAGUGAAGAAGACGCAAGGAAGCGAGCACAGGAGGCACUGGCAGCCGUGGAGCGAGAGGCAGAUGAGACGAGGAGAGCACUCAAGCGGAAGAUGGAGGAAGCUUCCAGGACGGAGCUGGUGAAGAAGGAGAUUCCGCUCAAGCUGAGGAUCAAACCAGAGGACUCGGAGGACGUGAAAGUGGAGAAGAAGCGGAAGAUCCACGCGUUCAAGUCAAAGCAGCGGAUGGAGAUGCUGGAGGUGAUGACCAACAAGAAGCAGAACACGUGGCAGCAGUUCCAAACCAAGGGCAUCAAGAAGAAGGCGGGCUUCCUGACAGGCCGCAAGAAGGAGAGCAUUUUCAAGUCGCCAGAGGACGUGGGGGGCAAGGUGGGGGUGGUGGGAAGCGGGCAGGGUAUGACAGAUUUCCAGAAGAGAGACAAGAAUCUCAACCUGCGUGCACAGGGCCAGGCAGAGGACGACUAA